UUGCUUUGCGUUUUCUUUCAUUCUCUUUUUUACGUAAAUGUCUGCAAUCAUGUCUCCUUGUUCUUUCUUGUAUGUUUUCUUUGGCAUUUUCUAGUUCAGAUUUUUCUUCCACAUUGAUUCAUGUAUUCUUGGUGUUUUAGGGUAUGGAUUGUUUUGGCAUUUUUAUAUCUUUUUUAUUUUUGGAGGAAAUCAAUAUGCAAAGUCUGCGUUCAUGCAAAUUAUGUUUUUCUUUUUUUUUUAUUUAUUUUAUUUCGUGUGAUAUAUUCAUGGGUGUUUUUUCUUUUCGUUUUUUGUUGCUUCUCUUUGGAAUUUGUCUGAUUGAAUGCUCAAGGGUCAAGUUGAAAGUUUUGUUUCUUUUUCUGGCAUUUUCUGUUCAUGGCAGAGUGCUGCUUCUUUUACACAUUUCUCUCAGUUGUAAUAAUAAUAAUAAUAAUCAUUUUAGAUAAAGAUGUGAGCUGCAAAUUAACACCUCCUCUCUUCCAAGUUGAUGAUAAUGUACUGGGAUUUCAAGCCAAGAAUUAGAUGCUUGAUGGGCUGGUGGGGGCCGGAGGAGAGUUAGCUUAAGAGAGUCACUUGCAAAAGAAAAUGCUUUUAUGGGCUUAUUAAUGUGCAACUCUUUAUCAAUUUGAUUGAAUCAGUGAGUGAGUGAGUCAAAUUGAACUUGCAUCUACAUCCAUAUCAUCAACAGACAAUUUAUCAAUCUAGAGACCAAGCAAAGCAUAUAUGUCCACACCAAACUGUCAUUGUCUUAAGGGUGCCCAUCACCAAUGUAAUAAUCUUCACUUUGCUAACAAUAAUAUCAACUUUCUAUUCUGAUCAUUUUGGAAUAAAUGUAUCCAAAGUUUUUCUAAUCCUGGAUUCUUUUUGUCACUUAGACUGGCCAAAUGGGCCUAAUCACAGCACUUUCACAUGGUUAACCAUAUUGGGUCCUCUCUAAUUAAUUCCCUUUCAAUCACUAUUGUUUAGUUUGUGGAACUUUGCUUUUUUCUAUAUUUUGAGUGAGAGAGAAAACAAUACCAUGAAGUUGCUUCUUGAUAAUGCUAUUCAUUUUUCUUGCUAAUCUUGGCUUAGACUUGUUCUUACAUGUCACAUGGAGCACAGAUACACAUCUCUUUCUGCUUUACAUACAAAAUAUCCACCCAUGAUAUUGUUCUCCUUUGUAGAAUCGAUGUGUUCUUAAUCAAAUAUGGAAACCAGAUUGGUACUUGUUAACAACAUCAUGAACUAGACUAGCUAGCUAGCUAGCUUGGUACAUGUCCUAUUUGAAUUGCUCCUCUAUAAUACAGGGUAUGCACAUUUGUUGAAUGAUAGAAUGACUAAGUGACAUAUAGCACUUCUUAGAGCAACCACACCCUUGAUGGCUUUCAGGCAUAAAUUCAGAUUGAUUAGAGAAUAUUGCCCUUUUAAGUUUGAUUUCUUUAUGAAAUCAUGGCCUCUGUGAACAGACACAUCGCAUCGAUCAAAGAUCAAGAAUUAGAUUCAAACCCAUAAACAAUGGAGAAUCAUGCUUGGCUUGUGCCUAAAGGCAAGGAUGAUGUUUCAAGCCCACUUAGUGCUCAGAUUUUGGAAUUCUGUGACCCUGAAUUGUUCUUGCAAAAUUCUGAAGUCACUUCAAGUUCAAACUGCUGCUAUGAGGAAAAUUCUCCCUAUACAACGAAUCUUUCACUGCCAUCAGAUAAUCUUUCGUUGCCACCAGAUAUAGAGAACUUCAACAACUGCCGUGAUAAUAAUGGAAAUAAUAGCACCACCACCCCCCCAACUCCUAGCACCACCACCCCUGCAACUACUAGCACCACCACCGCUACAGCGGCUAAUGCAAAUAACAUUAACAAUAACAACCUGUCCAUUAUUUUUGAUUCCCAAGAUGAGCUUGACAAUGAAAUUUCAGCUUCUAUCGAUUUUUCUUCAUCCCCUACAUUUUCUGUCCCCCAACUUAUCACUACCCAUCAUGAGCAAUUUGAUUUCUCUUCUAUGCAACCCCAACUCACACUAUCAGGUAUAGUGUCUGCUGAUGGGCUAAACCAGUACCCUGCUGAUUCUGUUCACCAAUUUAUGGGGCAUCAAUUGCCAUCAGUUUUUGAAGAAGAUUGCUUAUCUUCUAUUCCUUCUUAUUUACCUUUAAACCCUUCAUCCCCUUCUUGUACAUAUCUUGGUCCUGCUAAGAGCACGUACAUGUCUGCUGGGACCAUGACUGCAGCAUUAUCUGUUGACAGUUCUGGGAUUUUCGGUGGAGGCAUUCUUCUGGGUUCUGAAUUGCAACCACAAGAAUUGGAAUAUCAAGGUGAAAAUGGUGGAAUUUACUGCCCUGAUACAAUCCCUCGAGUCUUCAACCCAGCAGAUCUCCAGGCACUCAACAAUGAAGCCCAGCAAUUGGUGGGUGGUACUGGGAAUAACACUCCUUUGGCAUCAGAUAUUUCAACUUUGGAAGAUUCAACUUUUAAAGUUGGCAAACUUUCAGUUGAGCAAAGGAAAGAGAAGAUCCAUAGGUACAUGAAGAAAAGGAAUGAAAGGAAUUUCAGCAAGAAAAUCAAGUAUGCCUGUCGGAAAACACUGGCAGAUAGCCGGCCUCGAGUCAGAGGAAGGUUUGCUAAGAAUGAUGACUUUGGAGAGACCAACAGAGCUGCUAGUAACAAUCAUGAAGAAGAUGACGACAAUGUAAGAUACUUACAACCCAUUUUACAUCAUUUUUUGGUUAUGUCUUCUUUAAAUUUGGUCUGUGAUCCUCUCCUUUUCUGCCUGCCUUUUUUUCCUGCAGAUAAUAGUGAAAGAAGAAGAAGACAUGGUUGAUUCAGCAGAUAUCUUAGCUCAUAUCAGCGGUGUAAACUCCUUCAAAUGCAACUAUUCUAUCCAGUCAUGGAUUUGACUAAGCUUACUUUGAAGUAUUAGACAUCUCUACAAUUUUGCAGAUGACCCUUUUACAACCAGGAUUAUAUCUAUCUGGGUUUAAUAAAGGAAAAUAGAAUAAUUUGGGUCAGUUUACUAUAUUAUAAUCUUUGUAUAAUGCAGCCAGGAUAAUCUAGAAAUUGAAAUAACAAUGUAAUUAUUGUAGAUUCUCUAUCCCCAAUCUUCUAAAUCAUCUCCAAUAUCCCACAAUCUGUAAAAUCCUGUGGAAAUCUUACUUGGCAGGAGUAGUAGUUGAAACAUGUCUAUUGUUUGUGUGACUUGUGUCCAGACAAUCUGAAAUAGUUGAUACAUCUGACACAAACUUCUCUGAAAUAACAUGGAGGAGGGCUUCCUUUCA